ACACAUCUUUUCUCCAAUUCUAUAAACCCUUUUCUCGCUCUUAUAUUUGCAUCCAAUAAUAUUCAAGAGUUUUUUCGGCUGCUCCGCAUUUAUUCAUUCUCUGCAUUUCUCUCUCUUCCCUCUCACAUACACGACAACCACCGCAUUCGGGAGUCGAAGUUCCAGAGAAUCAUUUCAAGCGGCGCGAUUGAUCUAUCCUCAGGUUUGUAGCUGAUUCUUUGCAGUCAAGUAAUCGUUAAGCAAAUAUGAGUGUGGUUGGUUUUGAUUUCGGGAAUGAAAGCGGCGUUGUUGCUGUUGCAAGGCAAAGAGGUAUUGAUGUCGUGCUUAAUGAUGAGUCGAACCGGCUAACUCCGGCUAUUGUAUGCUUCGGAGAUAAGCAACGAUUCCUUGGUACAGCUGGAGCUGCAUCGAGUAUGAUGAAUCCGAAAAAUACAAUAUCUCAAAUAAAGAGGUUGAUUGGGCGCCAGUUUUCCGAUCCUGAGCUGCAGCAUGACAUCAAGUCAUUGCCCUUCUCGGUGACUGAAGGGCCUGAUGGAUAUCCAUUGAUACAUGCUCAUUAUUUGGGAGAAAGUAGGACAUUCACACCUACUCAGGUUUUGGGUAUGGUGUUUUCCGAUUUGAAGAUCAUCGCCGAAAAGAAUCUGAAUGCAGCAGUUGUAGAUUGUUGUAUUGGAAUACCCGUUUAUUUCACCGAUCUUCAGAGGAGAGCUGUUAUAGAUGCUGCAACUAUUGCUGGCUUACACCCUCUUCGUCUUAUUCAUGAAACUACUGCCACUGCUCUAGCUUAUGGUAUUUACAAGACUGACCUACCUGAAAACGAGCCGUUGAACAUUGCUUUUGUUGAUGUGGGGCAUGCUAGUAUGCAAGUUUGUAUAGCUGCUUUCAAGAAAGGCCAGCUGAAGAUUUUGGCUCAUUCCUUUGACCGGUCGCUCGGUGGUAGAGAUUUUGACGAAGCUCUUUUCCAGCACUUUGCUGCACAAUUCAAGGAAGAAUACAAGAUUGAUGUAUAUCAGAAUGCCAAGGCUUGCCUAAGGCUUCGUGCUGGUUGUGAGAAGUUGAAGAAGGUUCUCAGUGCAAAUCCUGUGGCGCCUCUGAAUAUUGAGUGCUUGAUGGAUGAGAAGGAUGUGAGAGCCCACAUUAAGAGAGAAGAGUUUGAGGAAAUUAGCAUUCCGAUCUUGGAACGUGUGAAAAAACCAUUGGAGAAGGCCCUUGUUGAAGCUGGACUGACUAUUGAGAAUAUACAUUCAGUUGAGGUUGUGGGUUCUGGUUCGCGUGUACCUGCAAUUAUUAGGAUCCUUACUGAGUUCUUUGGGAAGGAGCCUAGGCGUACAAUGAAUGCAAGUGAAUGUGUUGCCAAAGGCACUGCUUUGGAAUGUGCUAUUCUUAGUCCCACAUUUAAAGUGCGAGAAUUCCAGGUUAAUGAAAGCUUUCCUUUCCCCAUUGCUUUGUCGUGGAAAGUUUCUGCUUCGGAUUCUCAAAAUGCUGCAGCGGAUAAUCAGCAGAGCACUGUUGUAUUCCCAAAGGGCAACCCAAUACCAAGUGUGAAGGCGUUGACUUUCUAUAGAUCUGGCACCUUCACAUUGGAUGUGCAGUACGCUGAUGUUAGUGAGUUGCAGGCACCUGCAAAGAUUAGCACUUACACGAUUGGACCUUUCCAGUCGGCAAAGGGUGAGAGGGCAAAAUUGAAAGUCAAAGUACGCCUGAAUCUUCAUGGUAUUGUCUCGGUUGAAUCAGCAACGCUUUUGGAAGAGGAGGAAACGGAAGUUCCAGUUGUGAAAGGAUCUUCACAGGAAUCGACAAAGAUGGAAACUGACGAGCUUGCUGCUGAUUCGGCUCCGCCAAGCACCACUGAAACUGAAGAUGCUGGAGCUGAAAAUGGUGUAGAAGAGUCUGGAGAUAAAUCGGUUCAGAUGGAAACAGAUGCCAAGGUGGAUGCUCCAAAGAAAAAGGUGAAGAAAACCAAUGUGCCUGUGUCAGAGGUCAUCUAUGGAGGACUUGCUGCUGUGGAUGUGCAAAAAGCUGUUGAAAAGGAAUUCGAGAUGGCUUUACAGGAUCGUGUUAUGGAAGAAACCAAAGACAAAAAGAACGCUGUUGAGGCAUAUGUUUACGAAAUGAGGAACAAGCUUAAUGACAAGUAUCACGAUUUCGUGAUGGAAUCGGAGAGGGAGCAGUUUAUUGCUAGACUCCAAGAGGUAGAAGAUUGGUUGUAUGAAGAUGGAGAGGAUGAAACCAAAGGUGUUUAUGUCGCUAAACUGGAGGAGCUAAAGAAGCAAGGUGAUCCUAUUGAACAUCGCUACAAGGAGCACACAGAGAGGGGAUCUGUGACGGACCAGCUGGCUUACUGCAUUAACAGUUACAGAGAAGCAGCAGUGUCGGCUGAUACCAAGUUUGACCACAUUGACUUAGCGGAUAAGCAGAAGGUUUUGAAUGAAUGUGUGGAAGCUGAAGCUUGGCUAAGAGAGAAAAAACAGCAACAGGAUACACUCCCUAAGCACGCCACGCCGGUUCUCUUGUCUGCUGAUGCAAGAAAAAAAGCUGAAGCCCUUGAUAGGUUCUGCAGGCCAAUAAUGAUGAAGCCAAAGCCGGCGGCAAAACCAGCCACACCCGAGCAGCCCUCACCGGCAACCUCCUCUCAAGGCGGUGAAUCGCAAUCACAAGGGGCAGACAACAGUAACCAUAGCACCGGACAAAAAGCCGAAGAAAGUGACACUGCAGGUUCCGAGCCUAUGGACACAGACAAAUCUGGGAGUGCUCCACACACAGCAUAAAUCCGUGUGCGUCAUUACCGAAUUUUGGACCGUUGUGUAUUUUAUGAGGUUAUAUCUCAUAAUUUGUUAUAUUAAUAGGUGGGGUCUCUCCAUAAUCCUGUUUUUGUUAAGGGUUUGUAAGAAAUAUAGACUCUCCGAGAGACUAUUGAUAUUUGAUGAUCCACCGGUGAUUAUUAUUAUUUAAACCCUUGCCCACGAGAAAUUCACCGACCAUGUUUUUUUCUGGUUCUUUCUUUGUACGCGAAUUUCGCCUUUUAAAAGCAAGUGUAAUGUGGUCGUCGUUCUUGAUAUUUAUUUGCGAUCGCUCUCUUUUUGAGUAAAACAUGUUUUUAAGGUACACGGCUUGUUCGGAGCGGGUUUUUAAGGUUUACGAGAUGGAGUUUGUUUCA